AUGUCUGACGAGGAGCCCGAGCAGACUAUUGCGGAGGAUCUGGUGGUCACCAAGUACAAGAUGGCCGGGGAGAUCGCCAACCGAGCGCUGAAGCUGGUUGUGGAUGCCGCCAGUCCAGAGGUGUCUGUGCUGAGUCUCUGUGAGAAGGGAGAUGCCUACAUCAACCAGGAAACUGCAAAGGUCUUCAAGAGGGAGAAGGAGAUGAAGAAAGGUCCUGCCUUUCCCACCAGUGUUUCUGUCAAUCACUGUGUUUGCCACUUCUCUCCUCUGAAGAGUGACCCUGACUGCAUCCUGAAGGACGGGGACCUGGUCAAAGUAGACCUGGGAGUUCAUGUGGAUGGCUUCAUUGCGAAUGUUGCUCACAGUUUUGUAGUAGGAUCCAGUAAGGAGAACCCAGUCACCGGCCGUAAAGCUGACGUCAUCAUAGCGGCUCAUCUUUGUGCGGAGGCAGCUCUGCGUCUCGUCCGACCGGGAAACCAGAACACACCUGUGACAGAGGCCUGGAAUAAGAUCGCCAAGUCUUUCAAAUGCACUCCCAUCGAAGGCAUGCUUUCUCAUCAGCUCAAACAGCACAUCAUUGAUGGAGAGAAGACCAUCAUCCAGAACCCCACAGACCAGCAGAGGAAGGACCAUGAUAAAGCAGAAUUUGAAGUUCAUGAAGUCUAUGCCAUCGAUGUGUUGAUAAGCACCGGGGAAGGAAAGGCCAGAGAUGCAGGUUUAAGAACCACCAUCUACAAGAGAGACCCCAGUAAACAGUACGGACUGAAGAUCAAAACCUCCAGGACUCUGUUCAGUGAAGUGGAGAGGCGCUUUGACACCAUGCCCUUCACUCUCAGGGCGUUUGAGGAUGAAGGAAAAGCUCGUCUGGGAGUGGUAGAGUGUGCCAAACACGAGCUGCUCCAGCCCUUCAGCGUGCUCCAUGAGAAAGAAGGGGAGUUUGUGGCUCAGUUCAAAUACACUGUGCUGCUGAUGGCUAAUGGCUCGCACAGAAUCACCUCCGGCCCCUUUGAGCCAGAGCUCUACAAGUCUGAGCUGGAGGUGCAGGACCCAGAACUAAAGACACUUCUACAAAGUUCUGCAAGCCGCAAAACACAGAAAAAGAAGAAAAAGAAGGCGUCAAAGACCGCAGCUAGUGCGACCGGACAGCCAUCCGAGGAGACUGAAGCGGCUGAAUGA